AAGGUCAGCUUGCCUGUCCGCCAUUUUGAUUUGAUGUCGUAUCACGGACAAGAUUCCGUUGUUUCUAGUUUGGCCGUUUUCAAGACGAUUCCACACAUUACCAACUAGAAUAGAAGAAAUGGACGAGAGAUGCGGUGAGGUCGCUAUGGACGAUCUGUCAACUGUUCACCCUGGGGACGAGACAAGCAGCAUCGAGAAGUUAGACACGGGAAGGCAGCUGAACAGAGAAGAGGACAUUCCAUGCGAGGAAACGUGCGGGGUAAAGUCUGACAACCCUGCACAAGUUAAAGCAAAGCAGACGGACAGGCUUGUGGUGAAACGUGCUGUCGAUAAACGCUUUGUGUGUACGGAGUGUGACUAUAGGACUGCCUCAAAGGCUAACCUAGUAAAGCACACCAGAACACAUACUGGUGAGAAACCUUAUAAAUGUGAACAGUGCGACUAUUCUGCUGCACAGAAAGGUACUUUAGGCCUUCACCUUACUAAGCACACCGGAGAAAAGCCAUUUAUGUGUGGACAGUGUGGAUACAGGACUGCUAACAGGUCUUACUUAUCCGUUCAUAUGAGAUCACAUACAGGUGUGAAACCCUAUAAAUGCGACCUGUGUGACUAUUCUGCUGCACAGAAAGGCCAUUUAGACGACCACAGGGCUAGACACACCGGAGAGAAGCCCUUCAUGUGUGGUGAGUGCGGAUACAGAACUGAUCGCAAGUCUAACCUAUCCCGGCAUAUGAGAAAACAUACAGGCGAGAAGCCCUACAAGUGUGACCAGUGCGACUAUUCUUCUAUAGACAAAAGGCGUCUAAAGAAGCACCUGGACAAACACACUUCUUGUUUUCUUCUGGACGAAAUGGACAAGAAAAGCGGUGAGGUCGCUUUGGACAAUCUGUCGACUGUUCAUCAUGGGGACAAGACAAGCAGCAUCGAUAAAUUAGACACGGGAAGGCAGCACAACAAGGAAAAGGACAUUCCACGCGAGGAAACAGGCGGAGUAGAAUCUGUCGACCAUCCUCCAGCACAGGGCCUAACAAAGCAGACGGACAGGCUUGCGGUGAAACGCACUGUGGACAGUCGUGACUAUAGCACUGCCUCGAAGGCUAAACUAGUAAGACACACAAGAAAACAUACAGGCGAGAAGCCCUAUAAAUGUGGCCAGUGCGACUAUUCUGCUGCACAGAAAUGUACUUUAGACCGACACCUGACUAAACACACCGGCGAAAAGCCCUACAUGUGUGGGGAGUGCGGAUUCCGAACGGCUGCCAGGUAUUCCUUAACCGUACAUAUGAGAUCACACACAGGUGAGAAACCUUACAAGUGCGAUCAGUGCAACUAUUCUGCUGCACAGAAAGGAGAUUUAAACUCACACAAGGCUACACACACCGGAGAAAAACCCUACAUGUGUGGGGAGUGCGGAUACAGGACGGCUGUCAGGUCUAACCUAACCGUACAUAUGAGAACACAUACAGGUGUGAAACCUUACAAGUGUGACCAGUGUGACUAUUCUGCUACAGGGAAAAGCGGUUUAGACAAACACAAGGCUAAACACACCGGAGAAAAACCCUUCAUGUGUGGAGAGUGCGGGUACAGAACUGCUCAAAGGUGUCACCUAUCCCGGCAUAUGACAACACAUACAGGCGAGAAAAGCUACAAAUGUGACCAGUACGACUAUUCUGUUACAGACAAAAGGACUGUGGACAGACGUGACUUUAGGACUGCCGCAAAGGCUAAACUGUUAAGACACACAAGAAAACAUACAGGCGAGAAGCCCUACAAAUGUGGCCAGUGCGACUAUUCUGCUGCACAGAAAUGUACUUUAGACCGACACAUGACUAAACACACCGGAGAAAAGCCAUUUAUGUGUGGACAGUGUGGAUAUAGAACGGCUUACAAGGACGCCUUAACUGUACAUAUGAGAAGACAUACAGGUGUAAAACUUUUUAAGUGUGACCAGUGCACGUUUUCUGCUGUGGCAAAAGGCGAGUUAGACCAACACAUGACUAAACACACCGGAGAAAAACCCUUCAUGUGUGGAGAAUGCGGAUUCCGAACGGCUGCCAGAUAUUCCUUAACCGUACAUAUGAGAUCACACACAGGUGACAAACCUUACAAGUGCGAUCAGUGUGACUAUUCUGCUACAAAGAAAGCAAAUUUAGACUCACACAUGGCUAAACACACCAGAGAAAAACGUUUCGUGUGUGUUGAGUGUGGAUACAGGACGGCUCACAGGUCUAACCUAACCGUACAUAUGAGAACACAUACAGGUGUGAAACCUUACAAGUGUGACCAGUGCGACUUUUCUGCUAAAAAGAAAAGCGGUUUAGACCAGCACAUGGCUACACACACCGGAGAAAAACCCUUCAUGUGUGGAGAGUGCGGGUACAGAACUGCUCAAAGGUGCCACCUGUCCCGGCAUAUGGCAACACAUACAGGCGAGAAACGUUACAAAUGUGACGAGUGCGACUAUUCUGUUACAGACAAAAGGCAUCUAAAGAAACACCUGGACAAACACACGCCUUAGGGACACAGUUUGCAAGUGUGU